AUGGGCAUAUGGCUAAGUGGAUGGUGCAUUCUCCCAGCUUAUAGGAGACAUUCUAAGCUAAGCCCCAAGGCCCACCCCGUUCUGGGGAGAGGGGCACCUCCUCAAGGCUUUGUGUCCGCAUUUCCCCCUGUUUCUGUAUGGGACUGUGAGUAUCGAAGUUCCUGCAUUUCCGAGAGGAAUCAGGUCGAGAAAACCGGGAAGCAAAUUCCUUAUGACUGUGUGAACUGUGAGUCUGAUAAUAUCCUGAGGAUUGUCCUAGUUGGGAGAAGUGGAAAUGGGACAAGUGCAACAGCGAACACCAUCCUUGGCUAUGAAGCUUUUGAAUCUAAAAAUUUAUUACAUUCAGUGACCAAGGAAUGUCAAAAACAAACCCGGAAAUGGAUGUCCAAGAAAGAACUUGUGGUUGUUGAUACUCCUGGAUUAUUUGGCACAAAGGAAAGCUUAGAAACCACUUGUACUGAGAUCAGUCGCUGUGUCAUCCUUUCUUCCCCUGGGCCACAUGCCAUCAUUCUGGUUCUGAAGCUGGGUCGCUAUACAGAUGAAGAUCAGCAGACUAUCUGCUGGGUCAAAGCACUCUUUGGAAACUCUGCCACAAAAUACAUGAUAGUCUUGUUCACUCGGAAAGAUGACCUAGAUGGGCGGGAACUGGAUGAGGUUUUUAAAAGUUGUAAUGUAAACCUCAAAAAGCUCCUUGAAGAGUGUGAAGGGCGAUACUGUGCAUUCAAUAACAAAGCCCAGGGUGAUGAAAAGGAAGCCCAAGUGACAGAGCUGCUGGAUUUGAUAGAGAAGAUGGUGGAGGAUAAUAAGGGGGAGUAUUUCUCAGAUACCAUAUACAAGAGAACUGAGGAAACACUGAAAAAAAGAAGAGAGGAACUGAAGGCACAAUACACCCAACAAUUAGAAAAUUCUAUUCAUGAAAUAGAAGAAAAAUAUGUUGAGAUAUCAAACCCCACAGAUGAGGAAAAAGCCAAAAAGGAGUCCAAAAUAAGAGAGCUACGGCAAAAAUAUGAGGAAAAUAUUAAAAAAGUAGGUUCAGAGGCAGAGAAAGAUACAAGUAUAUUGAGAGAAAUAGUAAAGGAAAAUAGAAACUUGAUUUCUCAAAUUCCACUUUGGUUCAAAAAGUUCAUGUAGGUGCUUUAAAAAAAUGAACCUGCUUUUUUUUUGUUCAUAGCUAUCCCUACCUAAUUUUAUAUAAACUUAUCUAUAUAUAGAAUUAUUUCUGAUUUCUUUCAUAUUAUUUUUGAGGCCAUGAUAAAACAGAUGUGAUGGGGCAGAGUUCUCACCAGUGAUAUACCAUUUUAUAGCUCCCAGAAUCAAAUUUCUUCCUACUUUUGGUUGAGCUUUUACUUUCUGGGCCCCAAGUGUAGAGUCUAGGAUUUGUCGACCUCAAAUCUUUCAUGAGCAUGGAUAAGUAAUAAAGUUUUAACCUUUUUUGUUCAAA